CAGUAUAGUCCUGGAUCUCCAUGAGAUGCUUUGGCUUUUGUGCCCACAGCUGGACAUAUGCUUUGGUUUUUGUGCCCACAGCAAGAAGCAAGGAUGCGCCAAGGUGCUAAUCUGAGGCAUUAUUUCUCACUUGAUGUGCAACAUAAUUUCAGAUAAUUUGAUUGCUGCAACAUCUCACUCAUUUAGCUACAUUUUUGGCGGCCAUGCAAUGGUUAGAGGCUUGGAGCUCUUCCAAUUAGUCACACAUUUAUCUUAUCUUAGAAGGUAAUGAUCCAAUCGAAGGUUUUGGUGCCUGCUGAGCCAAAUUCUUGUGUUUUUGUUGUAAGUUGCUGGGGAUCUAAAUCAAUUAGUCCCUUCUGAAUGUUGACGGCUUGACAAUACACACAAAGCCGUAUGAUAUCGCUUUGAAUGGUAGCUUUGAAAAGAUAUAGUUGUCUGUUUGACUGGCAGCUUUGAUCAUCUGAAAGGUUGUACAUGACACAAAGCAUCGAUGAAAACCAUGGACCUCAACGCUUCAACGUUGCAUAUCAAGGCUCUGGAAACUCUUGCUUGGAGUCUCUUUCGGUGGUGGAGGGGGCAGCUGCGGCACCAUUACUGUAGACAUCUAGACAUGGGACCGGGGGGACCUGGUGGGCCUGGCUGGGGACCUGGCCCUGGGGGACCUGGUGUCUUCUUUGGUGGGUUUGCUAAUGGUUUAUGCAGCAUGAUAUCUUCGUGUUUCUACUGCCUAUGCUGUUGUUGGUUGCUACAAGAUUGCUUUGGUGGACCCCGUGGACCAUAUGGCCCUCCCGGAUGUUGUAUGCUUCGAACAUUGGUAGUCGCAAGAAGGACAGCUUGAUUUGGACUCACCCUUGGAACAAGAAGUUCAAGAUCAGAUAUUGUAUAAGGUUAUGUAUGGCCAAUACCUUAAUUCUUUUCCUUGGAAAUGCUUUAGAAGUGUAAGAUACCUCUCAAGGUUGCUUUUUUUGGUUCGCUGGCUUCACAUGGGAAAAUUCUGACUACGGACAAUUUGAGAAAGCAAGGCCUCAUCAUUUUGGAUUGGUGCUUUAUGUGUAAAAGGAAUGGAGAAUCGAUAGAUCAAACCUCUACAACAAGCCAAAAGAUCCACCAUCUAAUUGAUGCUAUGUGGAAAAUGAUUCCUCCAUGCCUUAUGUGGUGUAUUAGGCUUGGAAGGAACGGCCACAACUUUAAAAAUAGAGAGCGUUCAUUGGGAGAGUUUAGAGGCUUUUUCUUUCAUACUUUAUUUCUUUGGGGCUUCUGCUAUUGUUCUUGAUGGGGCUAAUUUUCAUGAUUUCCUUGUUGCUCCUCUCUUGUAUGCUCCAUGUGUACUUGGGCUA